CCCUCUCGAUCCUUUGCUUUUCAUAUACACCGUAUAUCUCUCUGUCCCUUCAUAACUUUCGUCCAACUCUGAAAAUUACAUCCUGUACACUGAAUAUUACACCACAUACAACGGUCAGAUUAACGACAAAUUCAUAUCAGUUCUCGCCGUUCAAAAUUUUCCCUGGAUUUUUGUUACUCUAAAGACAACUGAGAAUUCAUACACUUUUCCACAGAGUAUUUACUUACCGCAUUAAAAAAAUGCUCUACACUUGCAUUUUGAGUUUACUGCUCGUGGUUAAUUUAAAAGGAGUCCGGCAGCACACUGGCCUACCUCUUGAACGAAGACUUCAAGUAUCUAGAGAGUUUCUAUUUUAUAGAACGGUAUCGAUUAACCAAAGACCGUGCAACUGCGAUAGCACUUCGUGUUCCUGUUGUGAGACUGUCACAAUUCUUAUAAACAGUCUUAGUAGAAAAUUGUGUGCCAAUUUUAUUUAUCAGGCUAAAGGAUUAACCAUGAAUAUCAAUCUGGAUAAUGAUAUGAUUAGAUCCACCACAAUCAAUAAUUAUCAACCAUUCAGAAGCUGCAGUUCUAUUCCUGGCAGUGUUUUCUCUUCAGUUUGUAUAGACGUGAUGGAACUCAAUCUUUUUCCAAGAUCGAUUACUGCCUGUUUACGAAUGGAUAUAUUCUCAAAGAAACAAAAGUGGCAAGUUAAUUACAACUGUAUGAGCAUAUCAACGAUUCCGUCUGCAGGGAAUACUAGUAGUACAGUCUUGAAUGGUACUACUGGAAUUACUGGACCUACAACCUCAAUAGAAUCAGACGUAAAUGAAAUGCCUAUGGGACAACCAUCUCAACUAGUACAACCAGGGCAACCAGGGCAACCAGGGCAACCGGGACAACCGGGACAACCGGGACAACCAGCUCAACUCGUACAACCAGGGCAGCCGGGACAAAUGCCAGUAGGAAUUAUUGGACAGAAUACCCGUGAACCAAUGAAACAGCAAGGCCAAGUGCAAUUAGAAUCAUCGACACGAACAAGACAAAUACGAUCAGCUAUAGCUAAGCAGAUAGCUCCGACACAAUAUAGUAAAUUACUUAUAGAGCGCUCAGGAAUCCCCGUUUUGUUGACAUCAAGGAUCUCCUCGCUAUCCAAUCCCUAUUUCUUCGAGAGCAAACGAUUCUGUCAGGAUAAAAAAACAGCUUCUAUGCGAAUGCAAGUUCUACUCCGCAAGAGACGUAAUGGUAUUCCCAAAAUUUAUGUAAGAUCUUUUUUGAAGGGCAUACCGAUCCAGAAAAUUACCCCGAUGUCAAUCACCAUUGAUACUAAAUUAAAAAUGGCAGGCAUAGUUAACGGAAAUAUUGCAUCAAUUCCUAUGCCAACACAAGGAAUCGGAAAUUCCAUAGGUUCUGGCAUUAGUGUAAACAACAGUACUAUUGCAGCAACUGAAAUCAGCAAUUUUCCAAUUCCUGCAGCUGCGACGAAACAAUCCGUUACUACAUUCAUUCCCAUUUCUAUUCCGAUUCCCAUCAUUAAUCCAGAAAGUAAUAGAGACAAUAGUUCGAAAUAUUUUCCCAGCAGAACACCACCAGCAGUUGGAUUAGGUCUUAAAAUGAGCUCUAGCAGUGAUGCUGCAAAGGAGGUUGAAGAAUUGGAAGGAACCAUUUCUCAAAUACCACAUGGACCAAAUAGCAAAUUCCAACACACUACUGACACUUCCAUUGUAUUCCCAGAAUGAAGGAUAUAAAAAAAAGUCAAUGUAAUUUCAUUAAAAAAUUCAAUCAUAUAUUG